CUCUCGAGUCGAGAGGCGGCGACGCGAGGGUUUCACUUGAACCCCACAAAAACUGAAACAAACCCUCGAAAGCUCGGAAGAUCCCGCGGCGCAGCACCCUCCUCUCCUCUCUCCUCUCCACUCCCCACUCGUCGCCGCCGUCGCGAGACCGCCAUGGCGCUGCACGCCCCCGUCCUCGUGAUGAAGGACUCGAUGAAGCGAGAGUCGGGCGCGAAGGUACACCAGGCCAACAUCCAGGCUGCCAAGGCUGUGGCAGACAUCAUACGCACUACACUAGGUCCCAGAUCCAUGUUGAAGAUGCUUCUCGAUGCUGCCGGAGGUAUUGUGGUUACUAAUGAUGGGAAUGCUAUAUUGAGGGAAAUAGACAUUGCACAUCCUGCAGCUAAGUCUAUGAUUGAACUAAGCCGUACACAGGAUGAGGAAGUGGGCGAUGGCACAACCUCUGUGAUUGUUCUAGCUGGUGAGAUGCUCCAUGUUGCUCAAGCAUUCAUUGACAAGAACUAUCAUCCAACCGUUAUUUGCCGAGCAUACACCAAAGCGCUUGAUGAUGCUAUAUCUGUUCUUGACAAGAUUGCAAUGUCUGUUGAUGUGAAUGAUCGCACGGCAAUGCUAGGUCUUGUGAAGAGCUCCAUCGGUACAAAAUUCACUGGUCAGUUUGGCGACCUUAUUGCUGACCUUGCUAUCGAUGCUACUACAACAGCAGGCGCUGACCUAGGUCAGGGUAUGCGGGAAGUUGAUAUCAAGAAGUAUAUUAAAGUAGAAAAGGUUCCUGGUGGUCAGUUAGAGGAUUCUACGGUCCUCAAAGGAGUUAUGAUCAAUAAGGAUGUUGUGGCUCCUGGCAAAAUGAGAAGGAAGAUAGUUAACCCACGUAUAAUCCUGCUGGACAGCCCUAUUGAGUAUAAGAAGGGAGAAAAUCAGACCAAUGCUGAGUUGAUGAAGGAAGAAGAUUGGCAGGUUCUGCUAGAGAUGGAGGAAGAGUACAUAAAGAACCUCUGUGCCCAAAUUCUAAAAUUUAAGCCUGAUUUGGUCAUCACAGAGAAAGGGCUCAGUGAUCUCGCUAUUCAUUAUUUGAGCAAGGCUGGUGUUAGUGCAAUUCGUAGACUUCGAAAAACUGACAACAACAGAAUUGCUAAGGCUUGUGGAGCAGUUAUAGUGAACAGGCCUGAGGAGCUCCAAGAAUCUGAUGUGGGCACAGGAGCUGGCCUCUUCGAGGUCAAGAAGAUAGGUGAUGAAUUCUUUGCCUUCAUCGUUGAUUGUAAAGAUCCUAAGGCUUGCACUGUUCUGUUGAGGGGAGCAAGCAAGGAUGUCUUGAAUGAAGUUGAGAGAAACCUGCAGGAUGCUAUGUCUGUUGCGAGGAACAUUUUGAAAAACCCAAAACUCCUACCUGGAGGCGGUGCUACUGAAUUGACUGUAUCGGCAACACUGAAGCAAAAGAGUUCUUCAGUUGAAGGUGUUGAAAAGUGGCCCUAUGAAGCUGCUGCUUUGGCAUUUGAAGCAAUUCCAAGAACAUUGGCCCAAAAUUGUGGUUUGAAUGUUAUUAGGACAAUGACUCAACUCCAGGGAAAGCAUGCUAAUGGAGAAAAUGCUUGGGUUGGUCUUGAUGGAAGAAGUGGAGACAUUGUUGAUAUGAAAGAGCGAAAGAUCUGGGACUCCUACAGUGUCAAAGCGCAGACGUUCAAGACAGCUAUUGAGGCUGCUUGCAUGCUUUUGAGAAUCGAUGACAUUGUCAGCGGUAUCAAGAAGAAGCAGGCUCCUGGAGCCUCAGCUCCCAAGCAGCCCCAGAUCGAAACGGAAGGUGAUGCGGACAACGAGCAGAUGAUCCCAGAGUAGAUGUAGCGAACCCACACUGGCGAAGUUAUUUACUUAGGCCAGAGUAGCACGUUGAGCCGAAUUCAUUGUUUCAGUGUUUGUUGGUGGCUGGGCCUGGCUUGAAAAUGUACCUGAUUUCUUAUGGUUGAGUGGUUCGAGGGUUUUGGGAUCCAAGGUUUUGAAGUGUGGCUGCUGUUCAUCUUGUUUUGGACUUAAUGCUGAACGACUAUCAGCAGUCAGACUAGUAGUUUUUGUGGAUAACUGUUUGUUGUAUGACACAUGCUAUGUGUUUGGUAAUGCUAUCGUUUCCCAUGCUUGUAA